UCUCCGUCAAAUCCCGGAUGUGGAGUGACGUUGGCGCGGAUGUUAAAAACAAACUCAGAUAGCUUCCAUUUAUGUGACCCAAGCAAACAUCGACUCACUAAAGUGCACAUUGGCCCUCGUCUGGGCUUGGAUACCACUUGUUUUAAACAACUGUAAAAACAGUGACCACGGAAUAUGGAAUUAUCUGCUAUUAUCAAGAAAAUGGGCCACUCUUUGGUCGAGAUCCGAGUUCGAGCAUUGAAGAGCAUCAUGUGUAAACUUGAGCACUCCCUGAUUUCCAUCCCUGACAUUGUUCAAGAAAAAAUGCUGUUUGUGUAUCUCCUGGAAUGGUUCAAUUUCCCAGAGGUGCCCAUGCAAGAAGAAGUUCUGGAUUUACUCUUGACCUUAUCCAAGCAUCCAAGUGCAGCUCAGAUGCUGAGAGAUGUAGAGGCGGAGGAUUUCCUCUCCCAACUGUCUGCUAAUGUGGAACCGAGACUUCGAGCUGUCAUUGAUGCAACCCUGGACCAGCUGUUUCAGCUCCCUGAGCUAAUCCCCGGUUGCACACCUGUCUUCACGCAGGGACUCCCCAAUAAACCUCCAACAGUAACCACAGAUUUACCAUCCGAUGAGCAUCUUCUUAAAGGGGGAUAUUUCCAGAAGAGCAUGCUCAAACAUGUGGAUCUACCUCCUCUGAAGAUACCAGUGCACGAGGCUGUGAAGUGCUUGAAGUUCUCCGUGUUUCCGUGGCUGACUCUGACAAACACUGACAGACACAUUCUAUCUUCCAAUGAAAGUUCUUUAAGAAGCAGCAACCCCAACUUAGUGCGGGCCACCUGUGAGCUACUGCGUGACGUCAUCAUGCAGGACUUCCCUGCUGAGAUCUUCCUGCAGAGGCCCAAUAUUGCAAAGACUCUUCUGUCCCUUCUGAGACUCGGGUCGGGGAAAGGUGAGGCAUCUUACCUCCACUUGCAGGCGCUCUCCUGCCUGAGGCAGCUUUGCGUGGGGCUGAGGCAGAGGCUACGCUUUCAUCGAGAUCCCAGCUUCCAUUCUGCCAAGCAAGGAGGUGCUGCCCAUACUGUGUCCCAGAACUCCUCCUACUCCCAAGAAGCACUGGCGACCCAGCACUCACAGGCUUCUUCCCCAGCGGCAGAAUGCUCUCCUCGGCCAUCUGUGGUCGGAGGAACAGGUCAGAGAGUUAGGGGUGAUGGCCAAGAUGGAGAUGCAGGUUCCAACAGUGGCAGCUCCCAUAGAAGUGCAGUGGCAGCCCAGACAGCCAGACAGACACCUCCUGCAGAUGCGGGCCGCUUGGCGCUGCCUGACCAGGGUCUGGAAGAUGACCCGGAUGUGGGGUUGCAGCAGCUCACUUUAGCUCAGUUCACUGUUGCCACCCUAGAGCAUGUCAUACCGCUGCUUAAGACAGAUGGUUCACAUGUGUUCUGUCGUGUUCUGGAGCUGCUGUUCGACACCGUCCUCCUGCUUGGAGACAGCAUUUGUGAACUGGUCUGGGACGAUCGCAGCCUGGUGGGGAUGGAGCUGAAGGAGAAGCUGCAAACUUGCAUGGACUUACUAGCAGAUGUACUGAGUUACCAUCAGGACAAUAGCAGCCGUUCUCAAGUUCACCACAGAGUUGCGUACACAGGCUCGGCAGUCCUCACCAUUCAAUUCCUGCAGACCAUUCUUCCUCCUGAACAGGCUAGUGCGAAUGUCCCAGAGAAGGCAGUAACGGCCAUUUUUCACCUGUGCCUGGACAAAUCAUUUGGAAUGGCACUCCCUAGCAUGCAAGAAACUGCAGUGGCCUACUUGGAGCAGUUAAACUCUGACAGCCAUGAGCUCUACAGGAGGGUGACCCGUGCCGCUCUGUGGAUGGAAUCCACUUGCAGCUUCUUGAAGGAGAUACAGGCUGAGGGAGAGAAAAACUGGCCAGAGCUACUUGAGAUGGCGGAGCAGGCAAUCGAAGGCCUUCCGUUUCAUGAACACUUGCCAGUCGUCAAGGAAUGUGUUCAUUUCUGUGCCUAUUUGUGGAAGUUUGAGCAGCCCAGUCCAGUCCUCCAGACGGAGAGUCAGAAACUUCUCCUCAAGCUGCUGUCUCAUCCAUUGCUGUCUGUCAAGAUAGAAACCUACACGUGCGCAUUAGCUGUCGUCAAGGAGUGCCUCGGCAUUCAGAAUAUGUCGCGAAAAGAAUCGGGACUCUGCAGCGGGGUCAACUUCCUCCUACACCACAAGGUGCUGUAUGAAAUAAGCGCCUUUGGCCUCCAGGAUUCUGCAGAGGAGGUGAAUGCCACUGCCAAGGAUAUCCUACUCUUCCUGCUCAAGGGACGAUUGAUGAUGGCAGCAUCAACCUGGGACAGAUUCAUUGCAGCACUUUCCCGGGUCAUCGCCAUAUUACAGAGUUACGCCAGCACCGAGGAGUCACUGGGAAGCUGUGUCCUGCUGCUAAGCGACAUGUCGGAGGCGGCGAGAGAUGACACGUUUCCAAGCACAGCCAAGUUAAAAGCAGCUCUCAGACUUCUAUUCACUAGACAGCCCACGGUGAGACUAGCAGCGGUUCAACACAUCGUGGCCCACCUAACUGGCGCAGAUCAUGCCAAAACAAUCAGGCCACAGCUGGACCAGUCGGUGACCUCGUCACUUCCUAAUCUCUUUUGCAUCAACUACCUGGUGGACAUCACCCUUGACACCAACAGCAUGUCUGUACUGAAGGUCGAGGCGGUGGAGAAGCUCUUCUCCAUGCUGUCUUCAGACACUGUUGACGUGGCUCUGAGAAGAUCUGCUGCCGAGCAGCUGUCUGUGGUUCUGCAGGCAACAACAAUGCAUCCAGUCCUGAAGAAGCUUGGAAUAACCGACAGAGUUAUUUCCUUCCUUACUGACAGUGUCAGCGGUAAUAAGAGCUUGGACUGCAUGCUGGAGCCUUGUGUGUGUAUCCUGAGAAAACUGGUGUACGCUGAUCCAUCUCUGAGGAACAGUCUGGCACAACACGACCUGCUGCUUAUCACUCUGCUCCGAGCAUCUCUAAUCAUGAAGGCAAACAAUAACAACAGGGGUGAGGUUGCGGUUCUCAUGAGUUUACUGCUCUUUGAUGAAAUAAGCAGCAUGGGAAUAUGGUCGGACAAGUCACCCAACGAUGACCCUCUCCCGACAUUCUCCCUCCCGCUCGUCGUAGUUCGCAGGUACAAGAUGCCGUUCCAGGCCGUGAGCCAUCAUGCUGUCAGCCCUUACCGUUGCGUCCUGAUGCCCACCUCGGAUCUACUGACGUUAGCCCCUGCACGUCAAGCUUUGCAGGUGGUCUGGAACGUUGCUUGGCACUGUGGUAUAGACAACCUGCUUGAAGAUCCCAGUGGCUCGACCAACAGCGCCAAAUUCCAUGCCGACCUGAAGCUUACGGAGGCCCAUCUUGCAUCCCUGCGAGCAAGCCACCUUCCCAGCGCCCUGCAGGACUGCGUCCAGGCUGUGGUCAUGGCGGCGGGACACAGUUCUGUGAUCGCCGCCCUCUCCAGGCUCAACAUCUACUUGAUGAUCGACGCAAUGUCCGCCCCUUACACAGCCACCCACAGAUGUAGAGAAACGUUACACCCGCUCAACUGGCACGCUGCCGUGACCAGAUUUCUCCAGGUGCAUCCAGCCUCUGUGGAGGACGAGAGGCUGCUGGCAUACGUCGUUGCAUUUCUGAACGCAUACUUCAAACAUGCAUGCGCACACUGGUCUGACCCGGAGGACAAGGACCUGCGCUGGAUGUUGGAACUGCUUCUCAACGAGGUGGAAACAGUGUCCCUCCUUAAUUUGCUGCCUGGAGUGGAGACUGCGAGUCCAGGCCAACACCACGAGGAGCCAGAAGACGUGAAGAAUCACGUUAGCCAGAAAUUACAGCGAGAGCUCACCAACCUCUUUAAAAACUUGCUACGUCAGCUGACACAUACCUCAGACAGGCUAUGUUUGGCACUCGCCGGCCCUUUCAAGAGCCAGCUGGCACUCCGCUUCCUUCAGAGUCUGCGGGUGUCUGACGCCCCCCACUUCUAUGGCCUCCCCAGCCUGGAGAGGACUCUGCAGGGCAUCGUCAGCCUUACAGCCCAGUCUGGCUGGAGCUCGCACUGCCUUGACCUGUCGCCCGCCUCCCUCUGCGCCAAGUAUCUCAGCGGCCUGCUCGAGGUGAUCUCCUCUUUUUACGUAAAGUGGGGAGGCAAUUCCAUGUCGUUCAUGGGCAAAGGUGUGACCAAGAAUGCUGUGGUCUGCUUGCUUCACUUGUCUCAUGAGAUGAUGACGGAGAGCAAGGAAAAGGACAUGAUUUCCAUGUGGUCUCUGGGGAACGACAGCACCGCCGAGGAACCAAACGCCUCUCAGAUGGGUUUGGCCUGGCUCGUCCCACUCUGGGUGGACAGGGAUCAAGAGGUGAGAUUUGCCAGUUUGGGUUUAGGCGCUGCUCUGUCCUCGGUGGAAAGCGGGUGCCAGGCUCUGUGCGCCAGCUGCCAGAACAUCAGCGGAGGCCUGUGGGGCACGUUGCUCAACAUCCUGCUUGAUCAGCAUGAGAGCAGCAUGGUCCGGAGAGAGGCUGCGUUUAUCCUCCAGAACCUGCUGGUUAUGCCCAUGCCUGCCAAUGCAGAAGAGGCCGAGGACUCCCACUGGCAGCAUCCUUGUGUCCACAGUGAGGUGUCUGGCGUGUCUUUGGUGGGUCUUCCUGCGCUCCAGGCUCUGCUUUACCACUGUCAGUAUUUCCAGCACGUUGCUCUGUCUGCCACUGCCUGUUACAGAGGCAGGUACACUUUUCACCUCCAAAAGACUGUUGCUGGGGCUGCCGGUCAGCUUGCGUCUCUGGAUGGUGCUUCAAAUGUUUCAGACAAUUCUCUGCAGUUUUGGAGAGGUGCCGCGGCAGCGGCACCGACUGCCAAUUCCAGCAGACCUCCCAGCUCCUUGUCCACGUCAAGCACAACGGUCAGAGGGUCAGGGUCUGAGACCUCCAGGGCUGCGUCCCCCAUGAGCUUCACAGCGGACGCUCCUGCGAGCAGGCUAAUGGCGCAAGGCCAAAGUGACAUUGACACCAGCGACUCUGUUGCCUCGCAAGACAUCCAACCAUGCCGGCCCUCGUCCACACAGCCGGUCGUCAUGGUUACCCCUGACCUUCUUGUGGCCCACUGUGGCCUGCUGAUGAAUUUGUUGGCCAUCUUGCCAGAUUUUACCCUGACGGCCAUCCGGCAGAACCAGCUCUUGAGAGCAAUGGCGGGCUUGGUGGCUAUUGGACCUGUUGAGAAAUGCCUCAGUGAAAUCAAGGCACCAAACAUCAUUCCUGGAGAGAGAGAAGACAUCAAAAGUCAGCUGGUCAUGCUUCUUCACUUCCUGUCUGGCUUUUCCAAGCUGCUGCAGUCAUGCGUCUCACUCACCCCAGAGCUGAUUGCCCAGUUGGACUUCCUGAAACAAUUGUUGUCCACCCUUGUGGCAGUACUCACCCUCAACACGGAAGGACUAGAUGCAGGCACGCGGGACACUGUCCUCACAUGCUGGGCGGAUGUGUUUACGCUCAUGGCUACUCUGGUGAAGAGAGACAGUUUGACUGUGUACCCAUCUGUUUCUGCCGCACUGGGGAGAAACUGGCGGAUGUUCACAGGAACUCUUUCAUUGUGCGUGCACGAGAAAUUUGUGGACCCUAAUCUGCACCAAGGAGCUUUGCAUUUCCUUUCCACCAUUUUUGUAGAAGAGACUAAAAGGCGAGGAGCGGCCAGACCUUUGAAUUUGGACCACAGUGCCGCCUUAGCCGAUGCGCUGAGCAGUCCAUCAUUAAGCCAUCUUUGUGAUGUGUUGUUGCAGAGUUUUGAAAGGAGGACUGUUCAGGAUCCACUUAAAAAGUUGACAGCCAGCGCUCUGAUGGCACUGCUGGCGAGCAGCGCUACAGCACAGAACCACGCUGCUAAAGCUGGAUUGAUUGACAGCUGCGUGGAGCAGAUGAAGCAGACUCAUUCUCAGCUCAACCUGGAGUCAGUCCGAAGCGGCAAGCCUUCCCACCGCAAAAAGGAAGAGGGCUACUUAAAGGAAGUUAAGCUGACUGCGGAGAUCCUGCGAAGUGCCAUCUACCGCAACCGGGAAUGCAAAGUGUUGGCCAAAGAUACAUGCCUCACACUGGUGUUGCAUGCCCUUUGGCCAUGGCUCCUGUUGGACGACGCCAUCAUGGAGGCAGUGCUGGAGCUCCUCUGCGUCUACACCGCCGACUGCCUCAAAGCAUGCAGUUCUGUGUGCGGCGGCGGACCUGGUGUCGCGUCAGGACCAAAAGGCACCGCAAGUGGCUCGCUAAUGCACUCCAUCAUGAAGUUGGCUUCAGGCAUCGCCCCUGACAACAGCGCCAUCCAGAAGCUUUCCUUCUCCUUGCUGGCUAACUUGGUUAUGUCCCGUGACUGUCGGGGCGUCUUGCAGAAGAACAACUUCCUGCAAGGCUUCACCUCUGUGCCCAUACCCAAGGUGGGUGGCGCCAGGGGUGCAAGCGUCUGCAGCGGCUCGGGCAGCCUGAUCGGUCUGUGGCUCAGGCUGCUCGUCAAUCUGUCGUUUUCAGACGACGGCCAGCAAAGUAUCCUCAGGGUGACGGGUGCGCUGGAGAUGCUGGUGGAUCUGGCGCCGCAUCGACGCACCAUGCUGCUCACCCUUCACAACCUUUGCUUUUGUCCCACCAACAAGCCACACGUCAUUGCCAACGACAAAGCUAUGACGGUCCUUUUCUGCUGUCUGGAAAGUAAGGAAAUGGAAAUAUGCUGCAUAGGAGCGUCCGCACUUUGGGCAUUGCUCCAUAAUAACCAACGGGCUAAGAUUACCCUGAAGUCUCCCGCGGUUCGACUGAGGAUCGAGGAAGCCCACCGCAUGUCGAAGAAGGAUGCUGAAAACCAACAGGAGCCUUUGUUCGCCCACUUGAUGAAGUGUCUUGAAAACCUUUCCCAACUGCUAAACACAUGAUUUCCAUUUUGUGUAUUGAUUACCAUGUACGAUACUUUGCAAAUAUUUUCUUAUUAAAGUGCCAAUGGGCAAUGUUGUAA